AGCUGCAGGCGCUCUGUAACCUGCUGACUGUCCUGACUGACAGCCGGGAGCCUCCGCCCAGUCACAGCCGCUUCAGCCGGGCUGCCUGCCUACAGCCCCCACCCGAUACCCGGAGCUGCAGGAAUGACCGACAAUAUCCCCCUACAACCCGUGAGACGACCGAAAAGACACGACAGUAAACACAGAAAUGGGUGCUGCCCGUGGUCGAGAUGCUGUGGCAUGGGAGACUUCCGUCCCCGCACCGUGUGGCUCGGCCACCCAGAAAAGAGGGAGCAGAGGUACCCGAGGAAUGUCAUUAACAACCAGAAGUACAACUUCUUCACCUUCCUGCCUGCGGUGCUGUUCAAUCAGUUCAAGUACUUCUUCAACUUGUACUUCUUGCUCUUGGCCUGCUCUCAAUUUAUCGAGGAGCUACGCUUAGGUGCGCUCUACACCUACUGGGUCCCUCUGGGUCUUGUUUUGGCUAUUACCAUCAUCAGAGAGGCAGUUGAGGAAAUAAGAUGCUACAUGCGAGACAAAGAAAUGAACUGUCAGAUUUACAGCAAGCUUUCAACAAGAGGCACGGUGAAGGUUAAAAGCAGCGGUAUUCAAGUUGGAGAUCUCAUAAUCGUGGAAAAGAACCAGCGUGUUCCUGCUGACAUGAUCUUUUUAAGGACCUCUGAAAGAAAUGGCUCCUGCUUCCUGCGGACUGACCAGCUGGAUGGAGAGACGGACUGGAAACUACGCCUCCCAGUGGCCUGCACACAGAGACUGCCAACUGCUGCUGACCUUCUACAAAUCAGGUCGUACGUGUACGCAGAAGAGCCAAACAUUGACAUUCAUAACUUUAUUGGAACUUUCACCAGGGAGGAUGGAGAUCCCCCAGUCAACGAAAGUCUCAGCAUUGAGAACACCCUGUGGGCCAGCACCGUUGUUGCCUCCGGCACAGUGGUGGGGGUUGUGAUUUACACAGGCAAGGAGCUGCGCAGUGUCAUGAACACCUCCAACCCACGGCACAAGGUGGGUUUGUUUGACUUGGAGGUGAACUGUUUGACUAAGAUCCUAUUUGUGGCCCUCGUGGUGGUGUCUCUGGUCAUGGUGGCCCUGCAGCACUUUGCUGGCCGUUGGUACCUACAGAUCUUUCGCUUCCUGCUGCUCUUCUCCAACAUCGUGCCCAUUAGUUUACGUGUCAAUCUGGAUAUGGGUAAGAUGGUUUUCAGUUGGAUGAUUAAGAAAGACUCCAAGAUCCCCGGGACGAUGGUGAGGACGAGCACCAUACCUGAACAGCUUGGACGCAUCUCCUACCUGCUGACUGACAAAACAGGGACUCUUACUCAGAAUGAAAUGGUGUUCAGGCGCCUCCAUCUUGGAACUGUGGCUUAUGGGAUGGACUCAAUGGACGAAGUGCAGAGCCAUGUGUUCAGCGCCUACACGCAGCCCACCCAUGACCUUCCAGCCUCCAGGGCCCCGGCAGCCACUAAAGUCCGCAAGACCAUCAGCAGCAGAGUUCAUGAGGCUGUGAAGGCUAUCGCCCUGGUACACAACGUGACACCCGUGUACGAAGCCAAUGGUGUGACCGACCAGGCGGAGGCCGAGCAGCAUUAUGAAGACACGUGCAGAGUGUACCAGGCUUCCAGCCCAGAUGAGGUGUCGCUGGUGCAGUGGACUGAGAGUGUUGGUCUGACGCUGGUGGGAAGAGACCAGUCAUCCAUGCAGCUGCGGACCCCUACUGGCCAAAUCCUGAACUUCACCAUCCUGCAGAUCUUCCCCUUCACCUAUGAGAGCAAGAGGAUGGGCAUCAUAGUGCGAGAUGAGUCUACGGGAGAGAUCACGUUCUACAUGAAGGGCGCUGACAUGGUGAUGGCGGGCAUCGUCCAGUAUAACGACUGGCUGGAGGAGGAGUGUGGGAACAUGGCGAGGGAAGGCCUGAGGGUCCUUGUGGUCUCAAAGAAGUCCCUGACAGAAGAGCAGUAUCAAGAUUUUGAGGCACGGUACGUCCAGGCCAAGCUCAGCGUCCAUGACCGCUCUCUGAAGGUGGCCACGGUGAUUGAGAGUCUGGAGAUGGAGAUGGAGCUGCUGUGUCUGACUGGGGUAGAGGAUCAGCUCCAGACUGAUGUGAGGCCCACCCUGGAGAUCCUCCGCAACGCAGGCAUCAAGGUUUGGAUGCUGACAGGAGACAAGCUUGAAACGGCCACAUGCACUGCAAAGAACGCCCAUCUGAUCACCCGCAACCAGGACAUCCACAUCUUCAGACCCGUGACAACAAGAGGGGAAGCCCACCUGGAGCUCAACGCUUUCAGGAGAAAGCACGACUGCGCUCUGGUGAUAUCAGGGGACUCGCUUGAGGUUUGUUUGAAAUACUACGAGUAUGAGUUCAUGGAACUUGCAUGUCAGUGUCCCGCUGUGGUUUGCUGUCGAUGCACCCCUACUCAGAAGGCUCAGAUAGUUCGGCUGCUGCAAGAGCGCACAGGAAAGCUCACCUGCGCUGUAGGGGACGGAGGAAACGAUGUCAGCAUGAUCCAGGAAGCGGACUGUGGCGUGGGAGUGGAGGGAAAAGAAGGAAAGCAGGCCUCGCUGGCCGCCGACUUCUCUGUGACUCAGUUCCAACAUUUAGGCCGUCUCCUCAUGGUCCACGGUCGGAACAGCUACAAAAGGUCUGCAGCCCUCAGCCAGUUCGUCAUCCACAGGAGCCUGUGCAUCAGCGCUAUGCAGGCGGUCUUCUCCUCUGUGUUCUUCUUCGCUUCAGUCCCACUCUACCAAGGAUUCCUAACUAUUGGCUACUCCACUGUCUACACCAUGUUCCCCGUCUUCUCCCUGGUGCUGGACAAAGAUGUCAAGUCAGAGGUCGCCAUGUUAUACCCAGAGUUAUACAAAGAUCUCUUGAAGGGCCGACCACUAUCUUUCAAAACGUUUCUAAUAUGGGUCCUAAUAAGUAUCUAUCAAGGGAGCAUCAUCAUGUACGGGGCGUUGCUCCUCUUCGAGUCAGAGUUCGUCCACAUCGUUGCCAUUUCCUUCACCUCUCUGAUCCUGACCGAGCUGCUGAUGGUGGCUCUGACCAUCCAGACGUGGCACUGGCUCAUGAUCGUCGGCGAGCUCCUGAGCUUGGCCUGCUACGUCGCCUCGCUCGUCUUCCUGCACGAGUUCAUAGACGUGUACUUCAUCGCCACCGUAUCGUUCCUGUGGAAGGUGACCGUCAUCACGCUGGUCAGCUGUCUGCCUCUUUACAUCCUCAAGUACCUGCGCAGACGCUUCUCGCCGCCCAGCUACUCCAAACUCACCUCUUAAACUCUGGGAGGAGCCUCAUUUACAGUGGGGGGGGGCAGAAAGGUGUCCCUGUCUUCAUCCAGCUGAGCCUGCGGUUAGA